GUCUGAAAGGAUGAACGACCCGAGUGUUGGUCUGUUUACUUACCCUAUCCUGCAGACAGCAGACAUAAUCCUGUACAAGGCGACUGAUGUCCCAAUAUGAGAGGACCAAAUACAUCACAUAGAACUGGCCAGAGAUCUCGCUAAGGCUUUCAAUCGAACAUUCCAGGUCAUAUUCCCUCGACCUGAAGUUCUCUCAUCAAAAGUGGAUGCGUUUCAUGACUCCACCCAGUAUCUAAACGUGUCUAAGAUGAACCACAAGAAAUCAAGGUUAUUGUCAGUGAUGAAGAAACGUGAAGUACCAAGGAUCAAGAGUCUCAGACAUCCAGAAAACAAGAUGAGCAAAUCAGAACCGAAUGCCAAAGGUCGCGUUGACCUGACACACAGUCCAGACGAGAUCCGUGACAUGGCAGUCACAGACUUGGCAGCAGAGUUGACCUAUGACCCCAAGGAAAGGCCAGAUGUGUCUAAUCUGAUUGACAUGAACUCCUCGCUGACAGGCCUGUUGCAGGAGGAGAUAUGCGAGGAUAACAUGUUGUCGACCAAAAGUGAUUACAAGGCCAAGUUGGCGGACAUUGUCAUUGAACAACUGGCCCCAAUAAAGAAUGUGCUGAAACUAAAGGGAGAUAAGUCUCACCUUCAACAAGUGCUUAAUGGGAAUGAGAGAGCAAGGGAAAUAACAGAGGAAGUGAAGAAGGCUGUAGGGUUGUCAUGACAACAGCUAGGUCAUAUAACCACUGAACGCUAUCCAUGGACCAGUGAUGGUUUUAUCAGAGAGUGUGAAAAUACGCACUUAUAUCACACGUAUAAUUCUGCUUCAGUCCAGAUUUGCCAGUCAGAAGUUUUUCAAAUGAACACCUCAGACUGAAUGACCUCUGAAACCAAUAUUAUUCAGCCAUUGUCAGUGUACAUAUUAAAAUAAGUGUAAAUACUAGGGGUGACUAUUGAGGGGGAAAUAACUAUUGCGAUAACGAUAGUCAGUUGCGACCAACUAUUGCAAUACUAUUGCAAUAGUUUUCUCUCACCUUGAAUUGUCUCUGGUGAAGUAAAUUCCCAAA